AUGGCAUGCACUCUGACAAGUGUGCAACCGGAGAAUAUCUACUACUUCGCUGUACGCUCCAUUGAUAGGUUUCAACGCUUCUCCGAGUGGUCUAACGUUGUCGAUGUGCAGGUCAGCUAG